AUGUUGAAAACCAUCAAACGAAUUUCCUCUUCAUCUUUGGUCCAACACCACACCAACAAGACAUGUAUUCCUUACGUAACGCUGCAAAAGGCUUGUUACGCUAAGGCCGGUGAAAGAAAACACAAAGAACAAAUGACCGAUGUUAGAAAGCAAUAUAAACAAUUUUACACAACAUCAAAGGAACAACAAGAUGAAAAAUCGAGAAAGGAAUUCGCUUCUCACAGAGAGAGAGUUUUGAUUUAUCGUAAACAUAAAAGAGCUAACGCUAUACAAAAUAUGCAAAUGCACGAAAGAAUGAUGCAAAUUGAAAAGGAAGAACACGACCGAGAAAGAAAAGAAAGAGCACAAAGAGCCAUCAACUGGGAAUCUAUUCAACAAAGUAAAAGAAGAGAUAGUUUGAGGAGAUUAGCUUCUGAGGCUGAAUACUUCAUCUCUCCUGAAAAUAUUGAUAGACAUAUUGAAAACCAAUUGAACCCAGCUCGUGUCGUUGUUCCAACAGUAUUUGGAAGUGGAAAGUAUGGUAUUAACGAUGAAGUUGCUCUCGAACAUUUGAAGAAUACAAAGGAUAGAAUGAUUUUAAGAAAGGAAAGCGUUGGUGAAGAUCCACUCUAUCCAAAUAGCAAGGUAUAUGCUGACCAUAUGGCCUACUUGAAUGUAAGAGUUGGUACACAAUCAGGACAAUUGUUCGACUCUUAUGAAUAUAUCAAUGAACCAGAAGGUUUGCUCAAGAUGAAUGCCGAAAAGGAACAACAAGGUAUUGAAGAAUCAUUCUCUUCUACUGGUGAAGAAGAUGAAUUUGAAGCUAUUGAUAUGGCUAGCUUGGAAUUGGAAGAUAUUAAUGUUGAUGAUAAGGAAGAUCUUUCAUUCCGUCCAUUGACUAAUAUUGAAAAUAUUGAAAAGUUGUUCGAAUCUGCUUCUGCUAAUCUUAAGGAAGGAUUUGAUACUACCGCUGCUGAUAAAUUGAUUCUUGAAUUGAGCUCAAUUGAAGAUCUUCCAGCCAGUGACUUGGAUAACAUGGGCAAUGAAGAAGUUUCUUGGUUCAAGGAUUUGGAUAGAACUGAGGUUGAAGAUGAACAAAAUGAACGUGAAGAAGAAGAAGAAAGUGAUGAAGUUGAAAAGGAAAUGGAUCAAAAGUUGAUGAAUGCCGCUGAAGCUGGUGAUGUUGAAUAUGCUAUUGAUAGAGCUAUCAUGGAUAAACACAAUGAUGGUCUCAUGGCAUCUGUUGAACACAUUCAACCAAUUCUUAAGGAUGAAGUGCAGAAGGCUAAGUUGAUUAAGGAACUUUCCAAGACUCAACAAUUGGCUCAAGCUCACGUUUUGCACCCAAUGAAGAGGAAGAAUAGAAGAGUUUCUAAUGAUUCAACAACCAAGUCUGAUUAAAUAGGUGAAAAUUUGUAUU